CUCGGGGAGGCGGGGGAAGAGGCGCGCAGGCGUGCUCGCACUCAGGCCGGCUCCCAGGCCUGAUGGCCCGGGGCAGUGGCGUCGCGCAGUUUUCCCUGCAGCCAGCCCUAGCCUGUCACCGCCAUCCCCAGCCGCGGGGCCGAAGAAGAAAUGCUGCCGCCGCCGGCCUGGCCCCUGCUUUGGCUCGGCUUGGUCCUGGGCUCCUGCUGCGCAGACCUGGAAGCCGCAGCGCAGGUCAACUCGAGCACAGAUGCUCGGAAUGUCCUGCUCAUCAUCGUGGAUGACCUGCGCCCCUCCCUGGGCUGUUACGGGGAUAAGCUAGUGAAGUCCCCAAACAUCGAUCAGCUGGCAUCCCACAGCCUCCUUUUCCAGAAUGCCUUCGCCCAGCAAGCAGUGUGCGCCCCGAGCCGAGUGUCCUUCCUCACUGGCAGGAGGCCCGACACCACCCGCCUGUAUGACUUCAAUUCCUACUGGAGGGUGCACUCGGGAAACUUCUCCACCCUCCCGCAGUACUUCAAGGAGAACGGCUAUGUGACCCUGUCGGUGGGAAAAGUCUUUCACCCUGGUAUAUCUUCCAAUCAUAGUGAUGAUUCUCCAUAUAGCUGGUCUUUUCCACCUUAUCAUCCCUCCUCGGAGAAGUAUGAAAACACGAAGACCUGUAGGGGGCAAGAUGGAGAACUCCAUGCCAACCUGAUUUGCCCUGUGGACAUGGCUGAUGUGCCUGAGGGCACCUUGCCUGACAAACAGAGCACUGAGGAAGCCAUCCGUUUGUUGGAAAAGAUGAAAACAUCGGCCAGUCCUUUCUUCCUGGCUGUUGGGUAUCAUAAACCGCACAUCCCCUUCAGAUAUCCCAAGGAAUUUCAGAAGUUGUAUCCCUUGGAGAACAUCACUCUGGCUCCCGAUCCCGAGGUCCCUGACAGCCUACCAGCAGUGGCCUACAACCCCUGGAUGGACAUAAGGCAACGGGAAGAUGUCCAGGCAUUAAACAUUAGUGUACCAUACGGCCCGAUUCCUGUGGACUUUCAGCGGAAAAUCCGUCAGAGCUACUUUGCCUCUGUGUCCUACUUGGAUACACAGGUCGGCCGCCUAUUGAGUGCUUUAGACGAUCUUCAGCUGGCCAACAGCACGAUCAUCGCGCUUACUUCCGAUCAUGGUUGGGCCCUAGGUGAACACGGAGAAUGGGCCAAAUACAGCAAUUUUGAUGUCACUACCCGUGUGCCCCUGAUGUUCUAUGUUCCUGGAAGGACGACUUCAUUCCUGGAAGCAGGCGAAAUGCUUUUCCCUUACCUCGACCCAUUCGAUUCUGCUUCAGAAUUGAUGGAACCAGGCAGGCAAACCACAGACCUCGUGGAACUUGUGUCUCUCUUCCCCACGCUCACUGGCCUUGCAGGACUGCAUGUCCCUCCUCAAUGCCCUGUUCCUUCAUUUGACGUGGAGGUGUGCAGAGAAGGUGACAACCUUCUGAAGCAUUUUCGAUCCCGUGACUUGGAAGAAGAUCCGGAUCUCCACGAUAACCCUCGUGAGUCAGUUGCCUACAGCCAGUACCCCCGGCCUGCAGACUCCCCUCAGUGGAAUUCUGACAAGCCGAGUUUGAAAGAUAUAAAGAUCAUGGGCUACUCCAUACGUACCGUAGACUAUAGGUAUACUGUGUGGGUGGGCUUUGAUCCCGAUGAAUUUCUGGCCAACUUUUCUGACAUCCAUGCGGGGGAACUAUAUUUUGUGGAUUCUGACCCAUUGCAAGACCACAAUAUAUAUAAUUACUCCCAACAUGGGGAAAUCCCUCCCUCAUUGAUGCCUUGAGUUUUGCCAGCCAGAGGGAAAAUUGAGCUGGCAAGAGGAGGCAUAAGAGAUGGUUAUUUUGUCAUUACUCAUAAUACUGAAAACAACAGGGGGGUGGGGGGUAAUCAAAGCAUGCAUCAACAAUUUGGUCCAUGAAUUUGUGACGGCCAAACUUUUCAUUUAGUCCUUACUGAUUUAUAAUUGGCCAUUAGAUUGGCUCUGGGCUGAAACUUUCUUUUCCUUUCUUUUUUCUCUCUCUCUUUUAAAUGGUCAUAGAUUACUAAUUUAAUAGGUAUAAAGUGAACAAACUGAAAUUGUGUCAUAUCUUUGUAUAUUAAGAGCAUACUAACCAAACAUACCACUAUACUCAAGAAAUACUUUGUGGAAUUUAGUGCAUUUCAAAAAGUAAUCAUAUAUCAAAUAAGGUUCUACCCUAAUGUCCCAGUUAUUUUGUUUAUAAUUUAAGAAUAUAUAUUAGGUAGUCCAAAAUAUUCAAAUUAUAUCAACAUGUAAUUCACAUUUCUUUCUCAGAUAUAAAGUUAAAAAUUAUAGAAACCAAUAAUUACAGAAACCAGUACCUUAAAUUUUCAUUUCUAAGACCACAGCAUUUCAAAAAUCCAAAAAUAAAAUAUCCAUGAAAUUAUUAACAUGUUAUUUCUAUAUCAUGUAAGAAAUAAUGCCUGGUAAACUAAAGGGAUGAGAUGUAUGGGAAAUUUCUGGCCCACAUAAUAUGUUAGCAAAUAAUAGGACCCUUGAACUCAUUGGCCAUUAAAAGUCUGUCAUUCACAAUGAGAAACAUUUCACUGUAUCUAUAUCCAUGAUUUGCGAGUCACUCAAAACCAUAUUAAUGCUCUUAUUUAGGGAUGGUUGAUUACAGACAUCCAUUUAUCUAGGAGGCAGAAAAUAUUUUAGUUUCAAUUGCUUAUUAAACAUUAAUUUUAUCAAAUUCUAAAUCAAGUAUUGUGAAAACUUCUUAUUAGUAUAAUAUUAAGUAAUUUGCAAUUCUCCUGAAUGUAGUUCUCUAUCCCCUAAACGUGAAAGUAAUGAGAAAGGCAUAGUCCAGUGAUGGUGAACCUAUGGCACGAGUGCCACAGCAGGCAUUGAAAGCUCUAAAACGUUCGCCAUCACUGGCAUAGUCCAUAUCAUCUUAAAAGGAAUGGAAUAUUACAAGUCAUAUUCUAGCAUAAAUAAGCUGAUGAAUUGUUAGUAGUCAUCAGAAAAAAUCAACAUCUUUCUAAAUUAACAUCUAAGAUAGUCAAAUUUCUUAUCAAAAUGAGCAAUUUUAGUUAUUUUCCCCUUACAAAUGCUUCAGUGUUUCAAGGUAAGUAUUUGUCAAAUACAAUAUAGCAAAUUGCACAUUAGAUUAAGCUACCGCAAUGUAUUAAAUUGUACUAAAAAUGGCAAAACAUAGUAAAAUCAGUUAAGUUUCAAAGGCAGAUUUUUUUUUCCUUUCUGAUAGAGCUAUAUAUGAUAAUACAAUGAUCCCAAGCUGUUAAGCGAUUGUUUUGCUAACAGCAGUUUUCAUCUAAGGUAUUAAGGGCUCUUUUCAUCUUUCCUGGUCCCAGGAUUCAUCUCUCCUUUGAAAUCUUUGGCUUUUGUAGAUGGUUUCUCUUAGUUUUUCCUUUCCUAUUCUUCAUCCUUUCUAUAUUGCUCUCAUCACAUCCACUCUAAUUUUUAUGAUGUAGUCUAGAAAUUUCUCAUGACAUGUUUUCAGUGUAUUUAGCUUUAUCUCCUAUUUCACAGUUAUAAGUUUUAACAUAGGUUGUUAUUUGAUAUCCAGUUGUUGCUCCUGGUAGGCCACAAUAUGUACACUCCGUAUUUUCACACUUAUUUCCUGAAGCACAGUUGCAGUAUAAAAUUUUCCAAAUUCUGCUCUUGAUGAAGUCAUAAGCUGAACUAUGCUAGGUACUUGGUAGCCACUAAGCCUAUGUGACCAUUUAAAUUUAAAUUCAUUAAAAUCCAAGGAAAUUUUAAAAGAUUCCUGGCCCCACCAUAUUUGAAGUGUUGAGUACCACAGAUGUGGCACGUUUGUGUCAUGGCCGAAAGUUUGACUGGACAGAGCCGCCCUAGAUCACCUCUGAGUUUGAGCUGGGUCUGCUAGCUACUGGCAGGUGUUCCCUGUGAGCUCGUCCUCUACCCUGUGUUUGCCACAAAGACCUGUCGGGAGUUGAGCAAGGUAUGCUUGGUUUAGGUACAGAGCAAGGGGUUCGCUAUGGCUGAGGGCCUCUUCCUCUCCACUCCCAUCACCAUCCCUCAUUCCUUCUCCCCCGCUUCCCAAGUAGUUUACCUCCCCUCCCUUUUCCUCCCCUGUUCCUAAAGAAUCCAUGUGUCUUCCUGAAAUGCCUCUUGCCCCUGCCCUUUAAGAACACCACCAGUGCCUACUAUAUAGGUCUAGACAGACCUCUGCAGAGCAGUCAGAGUCUUCCCUGGCUCCACAUACCCCUGCCCUCAGCAGACUCACCCUUGCCAGUCCCUUCCUCCCCGCCUCCUAGCUUGUGCCCACCCUCCUCUCUCCACCCAUAUAUUCAUGGCCAUUCUUCACAGCCGCCUCCUGUCCCCUGCUAAGAGGCUGUGGCUUUUGUGACCCUGCAUGCGAUGAGAUGAACACUGCUAAAGAAUCUAGUGCUCACUGUACUUUAAAAAAGAUAUUUGUUCUGACUAUAAAAUUGAUCUGUUAGUUACAGAAAAAUCAGAAAACAGGAAUGUAGCACAUAGGGAGAAAAAUGAAUCUUCUGUUCCAAGAUAGCCACUUAGUAUCUUGUCUUUAGGAAGAUAUGAAUUUUUUACAUUCCUGCGAUAAUGAUCAUACUGUGUUCUUUAUCAUGCAAUUUAUGCUUGUACUUUUCCAUUAAAUAUUACAGAUGAUUAUUACAGAUUUUUCCAGAGAUACUUUAUUUUGCCGAUAGUAUAUUUUAUUCUGUAGUUUUAUUGUAAUUUACUUAACCUUCUUUCAAUUGUUGGAAAUUUAAUUUUCAGUUUUAUAAAUAAUGUUGUGAUGAUAAACUUUUUGAAUAGAGCAUUUCUAUAUAUUUUGAAUUAUUCCCUAGGGACAGCCUCUCAGUGCCAAGUUGUCAAAAACGUCUCCAUUUUCUCCCUACCUUAGCGCACCAAAGUUAAAAAAUAAAGCAACAAGCAUACAAAUAAAAACCAUGAAAAAACACCCCUACUGUAAUAGGUGAAAAUGGUAUCCUGUUUUAACUUCUAACUCUGCUUAUUAAUGGCUUUGAUCAUUGUUCCUCUGUAUGAUUUUUGGACAUUUGCAUAUCCAGUUGUGUGAAUUUGCCUUUAAAUGUCAAGUUAUGGGCCUCAUUUUACAAAGUAAUCAAAGUGAUGAAUAAAUUGAUCUUGUGUGAUACAUAUUCCUGUCUUUUCCUGUGAAACAUGGAGACACCUCCUCAUCUGGAGAUUGAAUAAAUGCUCAUUUUCAUUGGAA